AUGGCCUUGCGACCACCAUGUCUCUUCCUCCUGACCGACCGGCUGGUUGGUUCUGUGACAAUGCGUCAAAGGAGGCUUGCGCUGCUUGCAGCGCCUAUCCUGUGCUUCUUUUUCCUGUCCACAAGCCUGUACUACCGACGGGAGCAGCUGUCGAGUCUGAAAUUGCCAUUUCACUUCGACUUGCACGGCUACCAUGACCGUUGGAUGACACCCCCCGCCACAGUUGUCGAUGACUCCAUCUUUAAGCCGACGUCGACAGCCCUGCCCCGAUUAGAGUGCCCUGCCCUUGAUCGCCAGCGAUAUGCGUCGCUGCAAGCGCCCGCCGACGCAGGUCGUGAAAUACAGUAUUACUUCGCCUUGGACUUGCGCAACUGUCUCUCGCUUCUUCCGCGACUGAUGGGAAGUUUGGUCCAGGUCAUCAAUUUCCUCGGCCCCAACAACUGUGCUCUGUCCAUCGUCCAAGGCAACUCUCUUGAUGGUACAGCCGACAUUCUGAAUGCCCUCAAGGGCAAUUUUGAAGCGAUGGGCGUCACCUAUCACAUCAACACCUCGUCUCUUGACCCUUCGGCCGGAGACAGAAUCGAAAAGCUGGCGGAAUUGCGCAACAUGGCUUUGCGGCCGCUGCUCAGGGAGGCGAACCGCGUCACAGAUAACACCACUGUCAUUUUCCUCAACGACGUGGCAGCCUGCGCAGAGGACAUCCUCGAGCUUGUCCAUCAGCGCCGCAAUCUCGGUGCGGAUAUGACAUGCGGCAUGGAUUGGACCUACGUCGGCAGAGAUCCCACGUUUUACGACGUCUGGGUUGCCAGGGGCAUCAACGGCGAUACCUUCUUCGAUAUCCCACCGGACGGAAAUUGGAAUUCCGCCUGGAACCUUUUCUGGAACGCACAUGAUACGCAAACGAGGUAUUCGCAACAGCGACCCUUCCAGGUCUUUGCGUGCUGGAAUGGCGCUGCCGUCUUCUCCGCGAAGCCGAUACUCGAGGGCCUGAGAUUCCGUACGGCAAACACUGACGGGGGCGAGUGCACUCAAGGCGAACCGCAAUUGUUCUGCAAAGACUUGUGGUUCCGCGGCUAUGGCAAAAUUGCCGUUAUUCCGACAGUAAACUUGGAGUACUCUGACGAGAGAGCAAAGCAGAUCAAAGACCUGAAGGGCUAUGCGUCGAACUUGGUUUCCGAGCAGGACCCAGCCAACGACGUAUUUGCAUGGCAGCAAAAUCCCCCGGACAAGGUCAAGUGCAUGCCAGUAUGGGAGAACCAGUUCUGGCAAAAGUGGGAUGAGGGCUUGUCAUGA